GCCCGGACCCGGAAGCGGUGGCGCGAGGUUUGCGAGUGGCGGCGCGGGGCUCUGCUCGGUCUUCUCCGCGGGCGGCUGCCGGUGCGGGAACGGGGCAAGAAACGGGGGAGGACUGUGGAGGUGACACUGCAGGAAGACUCCCAGCUGGCUUGCUGCAGACUCCGAAGAAGGUAUAACUGGAGCAACUUUUCCUGUGAUGGUGAAUGAGAGGCACAAUGGCAACCUGCUUGUGCACCUGGGACCCAAACUGCAGGCCUGCCCAGAGGAGCUGCUCCGGCAGCGGCGAGGCCAUGACGGCCAGCCCGAGUACCUGAUCCAGUGGAGCAUUGUCAGCUUGGAAGAGAGAGCAGCGGGAGGCAGCAGUGCCUCCUCUGCAGAGACCAAGCUGGAGAACAUCUCGAUGUGGAUGUCUGUGGAAGAGGUGUGUGCCAGCUGCCCGACGCUGCUGGGUAAGAGGAAGCUGGAAGGGCAGUGGGGGAAAGAGGAGAAGGCAGCCGGCCCGUUGGCUGCUGAUGUCCCGCUGGAUGAAGCCUCGCUGCUGGAGAUGAAGGCCGAUGUCAGGAGCCUGGUGCAGCGAGCUGGGCGGCAGAUGGCUGAGAGCGGGGCCCCCGAGUCCUCCAUCCUCAACACCAUCCACGUGCUGAGCGCGUACGCCAGCAUUGGCUCACUGGCGGGUGCAUUCAGGGAGACGGGAGCCCUGGACUUGCUGAUGAAUUUGCUGUGCCACAAGGAGAAGCAGAUCCGUCGCAGUGCUGGCAAAAUGCUGAGGGCCCUGGCUUCGCACAAUGCAGGGAGCCAGGCCUAUGUCCUGCUGUCACUGAGCCAGCAGGAUGACAUUGAGCAGCACAUGGACUUUGACAGUUGCUACACCUUGCUGGAGCUGUUUGCUGAGAUGAUGUCUUCUGAAGAGCAGUGUGUGUCCUUUGAGGGGAUUCACCUUCCCCAGAUCUCCGGGAAGCUGCUGUUCAUCCUGGUGAAGCGCUACCUGUGUGUCACUUCUCUCCUGGAGAAGCUCAGCAAUGGCGUGGAGCAGGGAGGGGAGCAGCAGGACUGCUCCAUGCCCAGCCCACUCACCAAGGAGAGGAGCCGCAUGAAGCAGGAGUUUGAGUUCAGCAUGGCUAUGGCAAACCUCAUCUUGGAGCUGGUGCAUGUGAUGGGCUGGGACCACAGCCACAAGCCAGAGUCACUGCCCCAACAGGAGCUGCAGCCUCACAGCACCCGCUCCAUCUUCCAGCACAGGGCCACAUCCUGCUCUGCUGCCGAAAUUUCUGUGCUCGCUUCAAAUCACGGUCCCCACAAGAGGCAGAGUCGUGCCUUCCUGACCGCAUCAGACUUCGCAGACCACAGUGGCUACACGGGGUAUUUGCAGGCAAACCUGCUGCGUGGCAUGCGAGUGCGCUUGCUGGAGGACUGUGGUGAUAUUAGAGCUGGGGAGGAAGGCGAGUUCCUUCAGGGCGCGAAUAGCAUGCACACCGUGCAGGUUUUAUGGCAGUCAACAAGUCAGACCUCCUGGGUGCAUUGGCACGUGUUGGAGAUUAUUGGCUUUGGAGACAAGUGGGAAGAUCUUGCUGCUCAAGAAAAAGAAUAUAGUCUGAUAGAGAGCUUUAAUCUAGACACAGCUGCUCAGCCGUUUUUCUGCAAGCCCUUUGGGAGGCUGUACUCCGUGCCUUACCUGGGGGAGUCCCUGCCUUGCCUGGGGGAGCAACCGAGCAACCUGAGCCGUGCCGAAUGGUGGGAGCUGCUCUUCUUUGUGAAGAAGCUGGAAGCACAGGAGCAGGAAGAGAUCAUCAGUCUCAUCCAGCAGGAGCAGGGAGAGCAGCUGUCAGAGGUGGAUGAAGAAGCCCUGAUCCAGCUGUCCGUCCCCACAAAGUUGGCCCAGAAGGUGCUGCAGGUCUUGGAGAAGCGGUGCCAGGGCAGUGUUCAGCGUGACCUGCAGAGCUCCCACAUCUACAUCAAAUACUUCCCCCACUGUGGGACCGAGCAGGAUGGCUCGGGGAGCACCACAGUGUCCUUGGAGGGUGCCGGCUGUAGGAGCACUGGCCCUGAAGUUGUGCCGGCCAAGGCAGCCAAGGAGGACCUUUCCACAGCCACAGUGCUACCCCAAGCCCCUGCUGAGGUGUUGAAGUCAGAUUCCCAGCUGUUCAGCGAGCUCCUUGAGAGGGAAGGGCUGUUCUUCCCAGAGGUGACGGAGGAGCAGAUGAAAGCAUUGGGCAUCUCUACCGGACUGAGUGAGAGGGGCUCACUGGCCAAGAUUGCAGCCGUGGUGGACGUGAUCCAGAGCAGCAGCUCAGAGCUGGGACUGCGCUUGGCUGGCCUCAAGCAUAUCUUGAAGGUCCUGGAGGAGGAGCCUGAGUCCGAGCAGCAAUUUGGCAAAAGCCAGGGCAGACUGGGGACCAGGAGUGUUGGGGAGAAGCUGGUGAAGAUGACAGUGGAGCUGCUGAGCACGGAGGUGUCAGAGAAGGCACUGGUGGUGGUGACGCUGCGGCUGCUGGCCGUGCUCCUGGCGAAGCGUAACUGGCGCGUGUCGUUUGCCACAGAGGGCGGUGUGCGGGCUGUGCUGGCCUGCAUGCAGCAGCACGCUGCCUCUGCCCUGGUGCAGCAGGCUGGCCUGGCGGCCCUCAGGGUGCUGGUGGGAGCUGUGUCCAGUGAGCCAGGAGGUGCCAGUGGGAAGGGCUUGCCCCUGAGCCACGGAGACGCGCAGAUGAUGCGGGAGAUCUUUGCUAGCAUCGGCUCUGCCUCCAGUGAGGGCUCGGCAAGUCUGCUGAGUGCCAUCCCUGCUGCCAUGAGCACCAUGCAGAGGGUGCCAGGGGGCUCCUCGGGCGUGCGGAAUGGCUUGCUGGUGGUGAACAUGCUGAUUGACGGCCACCGGGGCCUGGCGGAGCAGCUGGUGAGCUGCGAUCUCCCCGCGGUGCUGCAGAGCUGCUGGGGCAACGGGCAGAUCACCAGCUGUGCUCAUGCAAUGCUGGCCCUCAGCGCAAUGAACCGCCUCACGGAGCACCAACUGCCCCUGGGCCCGGAGAUGGCAGGCAGAGAGGCCCCGCUGGAUCUGAGGGAACUGCAGGUGCUUCUGGGCAGUCUGGAGGAUGACACCUUGUCCAAAGACAUGGUGGUGGCCCUGGAGCGGCAGCUCUGUGGAGAAGGCCCAGUCCCUUCUGGCGAGGCGGCCUGUCUGCUGCAGGACCAGAAGUGUUUCCGGCUGCUGCUGCGCAGCUUGGAGCUGCUGGGGGCGGAGAAGGCCAUGAGCCUGAGCAUCCUCAGGAUCCUGAACAAGUUCCUGGACAGUUACCAGGAGGACGUGCUGCCCUGGCACGAGUGUGUGGAGCCCUGUUUGUCCUCCUUGAGCGCCCACAGCAGCGACCGGGAGGUGGUGCAGGAGGUGGUUGGCUUCCUACACCGCCUGGGCACUAGCAGCAAGGACUGUGCGGUGGGGAUGUGCCGUGUGGGUGCCUGCGAGGCUCUGUCCAAAACCCUGGAGAAGCACAGCACGGCCCCAUCACUGGCACCAGCCUUGCUCGACCUGGUGACUGACUGUGAGAAGUUUGCCAGCCUCCACAAGAAGCUGACGACAGGCAUCUUGGCCGGCUGCAUCCAGCUGGUCCUGGGGCAGAUCGAGGAGCAUCGCCGGAGCCACCGGCCCAUCAGCAUCCCCUUCUUUGAUGUCUUUCUGCGCAGCCUGUGCCGAGGCUCCAGCGUGGAGGUGAAGGAGGACAAGUGUUGGGAGAAGGUGCAGGUCUCCUCCAACCCGCACCGGGCCAGCAAGCUCACAGACAGGAACCCGAAGACCUACUGGGAGUCGAACGGCAGCACCGGCUCCCACUUCAUCACUGUCCACAUGCAGCGUGGUGUGGUGGUCAGGGAGAUGAGCAUGCUGGUGGCCAGUGAGGACUCCAGCUACAUGCCAGCCCGCGUCGUGGUGUUGGGGGGGGACAGCCCGGCCACCAUCAGAACGGAGCUCAACGCAGUGACCGUCCUGCCCUCAGACAGCAGAGUGAUCCUGCUGGAGAACAUGACCCGCUUCUGGCCCGUCAUCCAGAUCCGAGUGAAGCGGUGCCAGCAGGGCGGCAUCGACACACGUGUGCGUGGCAUCGAGGUGCUGGGUCCCAAGCCCACUUUCUGGCCCAUCUUCAAGGAGCAGCUGUGCCGGCGAACGUUCCUCUCCUGCACUGCUCGGGCUCAUGCCUGGUGCCAGGAGAUCUGCCGGGAUCGGAGGCGACUACUGCAGCUCUUUGACAGGCUGAACCGGGCGCUGCGGCACGAGCAGGUCUUCGCCGACAGCUUCCUUCCUGACGAGGAGGCAGCGCGGGCCUUGGGCAGGACGUGCUGGGAGGCUCUGGUGAACCCCUUGGUGCAGAGCAUCACCAGUCCAGAUGCCCUUGGUGUGAGCCCCCUGACCUGGCUGCUGAGCGAGUACCUGGGGAGCGUGGAGCCACCCGGCCACAUGGUGAGCCACAGUGCCGUCUUUGGUUCCCGUGUGCGGCGCCUGACCCAGCUCCUGGUGCACAUGGACCCCAGCGUCCCCGAGAUGGAGGAGGCGAGAGGGGCCGGUGAGAAGGAGGGGAAGAACAAGGAGGUGCCGGCCAAGGCUGCAAAGGCGUCAGUGGAGAAGGCGAGCAGCUUGCGGGGCAUCUCGCAGUGCUGGCGUGGUGUGGUGCAGCAGCAGGUGCAGCGGUUCCUGGAGGUGGCAGGGCGGGCACCAGACCUUGUGGAGCGAUACUGUGAGCUCUACCAGCGCCUGCGUGGCGCCACGGAGGAGCUUUUUGGGCAACGGGCUGCUUUUGUGCUGGCGCUGGGCCAGGGCUUCGCGGGGGCUCUGCUGCAGCUCCCCUUCCUCACCACCCUGCACGUGAGUGAGCAGUUUGCCCGCUACCUCGAUGGGCAGAUCCAGGAGCUCCACAAGGCUGUGGGCAGCGCAGGGCCGCCACGGCGGCUGCAGCAGAUCCUGGAGCCCUUCGUCAUCUUCAGUGGGCUGGAGCUCACCCACACCUUCGAGCACUUCUACCGGCACUACCUGGGGGACCGGCUCCUGGCACAGGGCUCGUCUUGGCUGGAAGGAGCUGUCAUGGAGCAGAUUGGGCUGUGCUUUCCCAGCCGCUUCCCCCAAGAGAUGCUGAGCAACUUGGCCGAGUCAGAGGAGCUCCAGCAGCAGUUCUACCUCUUCCAGCUGCAGGAGCAGGACAGGCGACUGCUGGAGCUGGACACAGGCCUGGACAAGGCACUGGGGUCGGCCUCGUUGGCGGAUAUGCCAGAGGUGAAGGUGCUGGCCUUGUCCCCACGCUGUUGGCCCGUUUCCCCGUUCUGCUACAUGGAUGAACCUGGGAGGUUUUUCCCGGACGCCCUGACCUCCCCCCUGGAUGAGUUUGCCAACUUCUGCAGGCACAGGCAGCGCCAGCUGGGCUGGGAGUGCACAAAGCCCCGGCGGUUGCAGUGGACAUGGCUGGGCCACGCAGAACUGCAGUUCGGAGACUGCAUCCUGCACGUGUCCACGCUGCAGAUGUACAUCCUGCUGUGCUUCAACAGCACCCAGGAGGUGGCCGUGGAGGCCCUGCUGCAGGCUACAGGGCUCCCAGCUGAUCUGGUACACCAUGCGCUGGCGCCGCUGACCCACAGCGAGGGUGUCCUGCUGCAGAGCUGUGCGCCGGGAGCUCCAGGUGUGCUGCGGCUGAACCAGGCAGCCCUGGCCCGUGCCUCUGGCCGCCACCUGAGGCUGCUGCCCCGGCAGAGGUACCUGCGGGUGGAGAGGGCUGAGGCCAGUGCCCUGGAGAGGAAGAGGAACAUCCUCUGCUGCCUCAUCACCCGCAUCCUGAAGGUGGAGAAGCAGCUGCACAUUGACAACCUGGUGUUCAGGGUGAUCGACGCCUGUCAGAAGGGUGAGCUGGGGCCAGGGCUGCGGUUCCUGAGCUUCUGCUGCCACAGCGUGGAUGUGCUGUCCUGCAUCCUGCACCUGCUGAACCAGGGCUACCUCCAGCGCCAGGAGGAGAGGCCUCACGUUUUGGAAUAUGUCUCUGCCGAACCCACACCACCUGUUGGGGGCCAGGCACAGAUGGUUUUUCAGAGCAGGCUACCAGAGGCAACUCCGGAUGAGGACAGCGUAGACUGCCUGUAUCGGUUGAAUCCUGGCAUAGGCAGGUCGGAGGAGUUUCUCAUGGCAAUGCUGCAGGUGCCAAUGGGGCACACACUUAGUCCAGAGGAGGCGAAGCUGCUCAUGAACCAGACGGUACGGCAGGUCCAGGAUACUCUGAGCGUCCCAAACGAUGUUGCUCGGCACCUCCUCAUGCACUGCAGGUGGAAUGUGGAUUUCCUGAUCCAAUGCUACAUGGAGAACUGUGAAACCCUGCUCAUCUCCUCGGGACUGCAAGUACAGGAUUCCCAGCCUCCCCCGAGUCCAGGAACCCACUGCCCAGUCUGCGUGAACCAGCUGUGUCCCACUGAGAAGCCACCCACUCUCUGCUGCAUGCACUACUGCUGCAAGCCCUGUUGGAGUGAGUAUCUCACGACUCGCAUUGAACAGAACAUGAUUGUCAACUGCACCUGCCCCAUAUCUGAAUGCCGUGCACAGCCAACUGCGGCUUUCAUUUGUUCCAUCGUUUCCUCUGAGGAGAUUAUAGCCAAGUAUGAAAAAGCCCUCCUCAGAGGCUACGUUGAGUGUUGCUCCAACCUGACAUGGUGUACCAACCCUCAGGGCUGUGAUCAGAUCCUCCUUAAGGAUGGCCUUGGUUACGGGGCAGCCUGUUCCAAGUGCUCAUGGAUAUCCUGCUUCAACUGCAGCUUCCCAGAGGCCCAUUAUCCUGCCAGCUGCAGCCACAUGUCUCAAUGGGUGGAUGAUGAUGGGUACUAUGAGGGAAUGACGAGUGAAGCCCAAAGCAAACAUCUGGCCAAGCUCAUUUCAAAGCACUGCCCGAGCUGCCAGGCGCAGAUAGAGAAAAAUGAGGGGUGCCUGCACAUGACGUGUGCGAAGUGUAAUCACGGCUUCUGCUGGCGUUGCCUCAAGCCCUGGAGGCCGACUCACAAGGAUUAUUACAACUGUUCUGCUAUGGUGAGUAAAGCAGCUUGGCAGGAGAAGCGUUUUCAGGAUUACAAUGAAAGAUGCACCUUUCACCACCGUGCAAGGGAAUUUGCCGUGAGUCUGAGAAACAGGGUUUCUUCCAUCAGUGAGAUGCCAAAAAUCAGGACUUUGACCUUUGUUCUUGAUGCCUGCAAAGUACUUGAGCAGGCGCGGAAGGUGCUGGCCUACUCCUGUGUGUACAGCUACUAUAACCAGGACACUGAGAGCAUGGAUAUUGUGGAACAGCAGACUGAGAGCCUAGAGCUGCACACUAAUGCUCUGCAGAUCAUUUUGGAGGAAACCCUGCUGCAGUACCAGGACCUGGCCUCUUCCCUUCAGCUUCUGAAAGCAGAGCAUUUCAGUGCUGGUUUGGAGUUGGUACACCAGAUCAAGGAGCGUCUCUUUGCCAUUCUCUGGCACUCCACACAGGAUUUCCGUGUUGGGCUGCAGACUUUGGCAGAUCCUGGUCAGAGAAAAGCGAAAUCCUCAAAUGUGCCGACUGCAGCUACUGCUUGUACAGAGACAAAACGUUCCGUCUUGUGUGACUCCCCCAACACAGAUGAAGGUGGCAAAGAGGCUGAAGAUGAGGAGUAUGAACCGCAGUGGCAGGAAGACUACGAUGAUGAUGAAGAUCUUGAUGAAGACAACUUUCUGUUUGAUGAUGAGUCAGAUGAUAACCUUGAUUGUGACUCCUACUUUGACGAUGAUGAUGCCUAUGACUAGAAGCAGGCUGGUCACAUGGCGUGGGCCUCUGCCUCUACUGUCUCAGCCAGCUUGUAUUAGUGUCUUUCCUCAAAAGCAGUGAGGAGCUCUCAGGUAGAACAAAGAGACAUUUCCUCUGGGGGCUACUUGCUGAGUGACUCACCUUUAAUAUGCAGAAACAUUGCUCUGGGCCGUGUUACUGUGGCCACCCCUCUCAGCAAGGCAUCUCCUUGCCUUUCUCCCUUGUCUCCUCUGCCCAUAGGUAUCUACUGCCUUAGAAAGUCACAGUUCAGCUACACAGUGAGUUAAAGAACAGGUCAGUGUUUUUGGACGUGCUUUUCCCUGGGAUGGGCACAGGUGAGUGUGGCACGUCUCCUAGCAUGGCACUAUCUGAGCUGUCUAGAAAUACUGAAAAGGGAUGUGUUUAUGCUCAACUUAAAGCCUCGCAUUUGGAGUUGGUGGGAUUCCCUCCAGAGCCACAGGUUGUUGUGGUUCAGUGCAAUCCUCUAUUUAAGUUGGACAGCUUUUUUUGCUGUCUUCUGUCAUUGUUUUCUCUGCUGUGCCUGGCACAAGUUUGCAGGAUUGUUAAGUGUAUAAUUAUAUGCACAUGCGCGCACACACACACGAGCUCUCUUAUAUAUGCAGAGGUUGUUCAGAUAAUCCUUUAUCUUUGCCGAAAAAAAAGAAAGCCCUGAGGUACAAGGGUUGGAAAAAAAAGUUCUGUUUAAAAAAGAAACAGAUUUCUUCUAGGACAAGUCUCCGUGUUGUCUGUGGGGAACAUGGGUGGGACGUUCCUGAGUGAAGAGACUUCAAGAAGAUCUGGUGGGUAGCAGAUAUCUUUCAGGUGUAAGCUAAGGGCUUUCAGGCUGUAGCUAUGUAUGCCAAGGCACCAUCUGUUACACUUACGUUGCUAGAUCUUCAGCUGGGUGGGGUUUAUUGCUUGUGAGGAGGCUGGUGGGCCAUAUGUCCAUGCCCCAGGGCUCACUUAAAUGGGUUUGUUGUCCUGCUUUACUGCUAAUGCAAGUCCUAUGGAUGAUUUCAGAUCUCUUGUGGUAGGUUUUCUGUUUUAGGCAAUGUAAUGCAGCCCAUUUCUUCCACCUCCUAAUCUAUACCUUGACUGGUGUUUGUCAGCUAUUACUUUCACUAUUCUGCUCCACGGGGAGGUGAGGUGCCAGUGGUGGUUAAGUAGUCUGACUACAGGGGGUGGCUGGGGUAGCAAUUCCAGAACAGGCUCCUCUGUGUGGGUUUGGGGCACUGCUAAGUCCUUAAGCGUUUUAAGAGUUUGUGCUUGUAGCUCCCAGGCAGCUACUUCAGUAAAGCAUGAAAUGAAGGUUCAGGGUGAGACAGAGCAGGGUAUGGUAACACCAGUUUGUGUCAUAUCUUUCACGGGGUUUAAUUAAUUGUGGAUGCUAAGAUUCUCUUGAGGAUGGCUUUAGGCUCACCACACACAGCUCAGUUACAGAUUGAUCUUAGCUGCCUUGAUAAUGUUACCACUUUUUACACCAUAGUGCAGAUAAUUACAAUCAUAGAAUAGUUAGGGUUGGAAGGGACCUUAAAGAUUCCAAGCUUAGUUCCAACCCCCCUGCCAUGGGCAGGGACAUCCCACUAAAUCAGGCAGCCCAAGGCCCCAUCCAGCCUGGCCUUGAACACCUCCAGGGAUGAAGGGGGGUCCACAGCCUCCCUGGGCAACCUGUGCCAGUGCCUCACCACUCUCAUAGUGAGGAAAUUCUUCCUAAUGUCCAGUCUAUAUCUGCCCCUCUCCAGUUUGUACCCAUUCCCCCUGGUCCUAUUCCCAUAAGCCUUUACGAAUAGCCCCUCUCCAGCUUUCCUAUAGCCCCUUCAGGUAAUGGAAGGUCACCAUAAGAUCUCCUCUGAGCCUUCUCUUCUCCAGGCUGAACAGGCCCAACUCUCUCAGCCUGUCCUUGUAGGGAAGGUGCUCCAGCCCUCUGAUCAUCUUUGUGGUUCUCUGAGGGCUACAAAGAUGAGUCUUAUGUGGGACUGUGAUGGCUGGCACAAGGUUUGCCAACCUGAGCUGUUGCUAUAAGUCAAAUUUACACUGAUUGUUUAAUGUUAGUUACUGCUGAGCACUGCGACAACCUGGGUGUGCCUGGUGCUCACUCCUUUUGCCUUAACAAAGCAUUUGAUGACUGUCACUGGGCACUGGAACAGGCUGCCCAGGGAGGUGGUUGAGUCACCUUCCCUGGAGGUGUUUAGGGGACGGGUGGAUGGGGUGCUGAGGGACAUGGUUUAGGCAGUGUUAGGAAUGGUUGGACUCGAUGACCCAGUGGGUCCCUUCCAACCUAGUGAUUCUAUGAAUAAAAGCAUGCAAGUAACGGUUAAGCUAGGACGAUGCCUUUUGUUCUUUGUGUGUGACGACCAUCGUGGCAGCUCCAGUGCCAUGGACACUUCAUGCUACAGAAAGAGGAUCACCUUUGGAAUAGCACACUAUCCAUAGCCAGACAUCUUUACACAAGAACCAAGAGGUGUAUAAACACGCACUGCAAUCAGCAUGGUAAAGGCUGAAAGAGGGAUGUCCAUGUUAUCAUCCUGUGAUUCAGCAGCCACUAAACACAUCACUUUGCUCAAGCAUUGCAGUAGUUUCUUGACUAGUUUCUCACUAUUUGAGGCAUGUGACUUCCAAAGAUAAAUCACAAGGAACUCUCAUGGGUCUUCAACAGGAGGAACAGAGGGUUAGAAGAUAAUGGAGGAAUAGAGGGUUAGAAGCCCAAAACUAAUUAACCACGCCAGCAACUAUUGAAGACUUUUGGUGAUUGUGGGGGAAUAGAGUUUGGCAAGCUUUGCCAGCCUGGCAAAAGAAAGCUAAGGCCUGGCAAAUAUUACAUAUUUAAAGUUAAAAAAGCCCGAGAGGAUGUGAUGGGCUUCUUUGUUCCUUUCUAGAGUCAAACCAGUGUUAAUUCACCAAUGAAUAUUCAUGCUUCCAGACCGUACUCUUGUAACCAUCAGUCAUUGCUCAUAAGCAACUGAUGUGGGUACAGAGAAACCUUUCGUACAGCAAAUGCUUUACACUUUACUAUAAAUACUUUAUUUCCUAAGUCCCCGCAAAGACUCUCCACAUCCCCUCCAAAAAGAGGGAAAGAGAAAACCCUGAAAGGAAUAAACAAACAUAUUCUAUUUGGAAUCAUUUCUCAGAAACACAAAUUUUCCCAGCAGAAAAGCAACUGCCAUCCAGAGCCAGAGCUCUCUCCCUUCCCAGACAGUGUGAAACCCAAGCCCAGCAUUUUCACUUACUGAUGACCAACAGUGUGCGGGAUCACAGCUGAGUGCAGGGACUUAAUUCCAGGAUUAUAGAAACAUUUGUAUUUAUACACUCACCGGUAUAAAACCUGGGUGGAUGUUACCACAGCCAAGACUGCUUGCCCUGCCAACAACAGCAAACUGAAAACUACAGCGAGAAGGGAGAAGGGCUGUGGCUGAGUGCAGCAACCAGGUGCCUGGGAAGGCUGAGCCCGCCUGGCACAAAGGGAGGAGCAGCGGGGCCAGGCCAGUGGGAUGGGGUCUAGGACAACUCUCCACACACAACUCUCUGCAGGGACUACUCUCCGUGGGGGCCCCCCAAAACCUAACCCUAAACUUCCUGGUGGAGUUAUCUCUGUGGACAUUAGGCUGUGUAGAGUUGUCUGCUGUGCACAGUUGUUGACAGUUUCUUCCUGUAGGGCUGUGGUGCCAAGAGGUGCUUGGAGUUGGCAGCAGUGCAUGAGGACAGUGCUGGGCUGCGCACACAGAGGACCCUGAGAGAAGCAGAGGCUGAGACUUGGGUCCCCUUGGUGUUAUCUUCCCAUCUGAAAGGGACAGAAUCACAAAAACUCUCCAACAAACAGUAUUUUACAAAAAACCAAAGCCCUGUCUCUGCUUUAGCAGCUUGAUUGGUGUGACUUCCCAAAAUCACUUGAUUUUGGAUGACUUCAGUGGGUGACUGUAACUCUGCAGUCCUGACAAGAGUGAGAAGAACAGCACAGUUUUAUAUAUAUAUAUAUAUAAAAAAAAAUCGGGCUAAUCUAUCACCAAUUUACACAUCACAGGAAUUGUACACUUUAGUUUUCUGGAAUUAUAGAAAUGACCUCCAUCCACCCUGGUAAUGAAUCCUCACCUGCUUUGCGCUGCUUAACUCCAGCAGAGAAAGAACAAUCCACUGAAUGCAAGACUGGCCUGGAAGGCUGAGCCUGCAAGGAAGGGUGACAGCCUUUAAGAUGAAAAGUAAGAAAAACAACAUGAGGAAAUAACAAGAAGUUAUAGUGGAUAUGAGCUGCUGCGGGUGGCGUUUUAUGGGUUUGCAGUCUGUACUCUUUGUGAAUUCACAAAUAAUCCCCUAAUCUAGUGUUAGCUUUUCUGUUAAGCCUCUUUUAUCAGUAAGAUUUAGGGAUUUACCACCUCCGGCUUUAAUUCCUUUAGCCCUUCCAGUUACUUGUCUAUUGCAAAAAAGAGGGAGCAAUAAAUAAAAAGAGACCAUCUCAACUAUAAUCUUUUCCUUGCUUUUCUGUAUUUCAUAACAUCAAACACCUCACAUUAGAGAAGACAGAAUAGCUUAUUUUCACAUGUCAAAUUCCUUCCAGAGUUUUUUUAUCAUCUGUUUCCUGGCAUUACGAGAAGUGAGAAGUGUUUUGCACAGCACAUAGAAUAAAAUGUUCUGAUUUUCCAAAAACACAGUUACACAAGAAUAGACAGCGGAAUCAUGUUGAAGAGGUUUGGGGGGCUUGUUUCCCUUUUUACACUCUCUGCUUUUCUUCAUUUCACAUCCAAGAUUCUGAGUUUCUUACUAUUUUACCUCUCUGCCCCAGUGCUUCCCUCCCUGUAGCAGAGCUGCCAUUUUAAGGAAAUAGUGGAAUUUUAUUUAGCAGGAGCACCUUCCCUAUGAGGACAGGCAGAGGGAGUUAAGGUUGUUCAGCCUGGAGGAAAGGCGGCCUUGAGGAGACCUUCCAGUACUUAUAGAGGUUCUACAGGAAAGUUGGGGAGGGGCUCUUUAUCAGGGAGUGCAGGGAUAGGAUGAGGGGCAACAGUUUUAAGCUGAAAAAGGGGAGAUUUAGAUGAGAUCUUAAGAAGAAAUGUUUUCCUGAGAGGGUGGGGAGGCACUGGCACAGGUUGCCCAGAGAAGUCAUAGACGCCCCAUCCCUGGAGGUGUUCAAGGCUAGGUCGGAUGAGGCUUUGAGCAAUCUGAUGCAGUGGAAGGUGUCCCCGCCUAUGGCGGGGGUUGGAACUGGAUAGGCUUUAAGAUCCUUUCCAACCCAACCCAUUCUAUGAGUCUAUGAAUAUCGGUCUUAAUGGUUCAGCAAUCAAGAUACCCGUCUGCUUCUUCUACAGAUUGUUCAGGUCAAGAACAUUAACCAGACAAUAAUAUUGCUUCCUUCCUUUGCCAAGGAUUUGAAGUGGUCAGAGCAGCAUGAAAAGCAUCAUCCUCAGAGGCUAUCAAUAUACAAAACAUUUAAGAAUGAAUCAUUUCUUAAAGAAAAAAAAAAAACAAACGCCCCCCCAAAAACCACAGCACACAACAUCCUGAAUUAUAGUUCAGUAUUACAAUGUAUUAUCAUGUGCAAAACUCAUCAUUUACAAAAUGAAAUACAAACAUGUGCCAGGGGUUUCGGAUACACGGCAAACUGACAAAGAUGCUACAGAUCUCUAUAUGUACAACACACAUGCUGCUGCUCACAACUUUUUUGUAAUCUUCUGCCUUACACACAGUGCUCACAGUGGACUCAGGGAGAACCCGUGUCCCUCCAAAGAGAGUAGCCCUGACUGACUGAGGUUGGGUCCAGAGCGUCACAGCAUCAGCAAUCUUGGAUAACUCCACAGAACACACGCAUUCAAUCCCAUUCUAUCUUUGCGUACGUAGGACUGACACAUCUCGCCUACCAAGUAACUUAGAGCCAUGAAAUGCUACAACACAUUCUUCAGUCUAUUGUGAUGCUGGUGACAGACUAUACAAACCAGUUAAUGUUCCCCUUCACCUUACUGAUAUAUUUAAUUCUCUGCCCACACAAAGAGGAUCUGGGAUGGGUGCUGUCAGAUCCCUCUGCAAAUCUACAAUGCUGCUUACAUAAAAAUUCCUCCCCAACCUCUUUGC